AUCGUUAUGGAACUCUUAUGUUCAAUUUGCGGCCAAGACUUAGACAUCUGUGUAAGAUGGCCUCGCUUGAUUCCAAAUACAGGAGAUACUAUUUGCUAAUUGUGUGUAUAACAAAUAGUUGACCAGACCAUUGAGGCCGAUAAGAUUAUACAUUUAUAAAAUGAUUUGUCCUAAGUAGUGUUUUGCCUUUUACAUUAGUUGUAACAAAUCAAAUAAAACCAACUGAAACUGGAUGACUUCCCUCUCAAUCAGAGCCUGUUGCGAAUACUUUAAUUAUAAAAAUCUAAGAAUCUACGACCAAUAAAUUUAGAAUCCAAAAUGAGUAAUCAAACCUUUGAAGAAUGGCCAUCAGAUGAAACGAGUAUCGACAGUAACUUCUUGGACGACUUGGCUACUUCUGUUAAGAAACCCUAAAAAUUGAAUUUAAAACGAUUUCGAGAUCAAGACGAUAGUUUUGGCUCUCUAAAUUACUCUUAUAAUUCUGGGAAAUUGUGUUAAACCCAUCGUAGACAACUCGAAGUUGUUUGUCUCCAAUGCCAAACUAUGAUUUGUACAAAUUGUGCUCUGUUCGGAACUCAUAAGGGUCAUUACAUUUAUAGCGAAGAGGAUAUCAUUUCACUUCUGGAGAUGAAGGCCUAGGAACUUACAGAGAUGGUUGAGAGAAUCCAUAAAGAGUCCCAGUCCAUUUCGAGAAGCAAACACGAAUAGGAUCUGUAGGCUUAAGUUUCAGAAAUGCAACGAAUUGCCAUUGAUAAGUUGAAGAAGGAAUUCACAGAAUUGAGAGAUAAAAUAGAUUAAAAAGAAAAGAUUGUAAGUAUAUACUGUUCUAAUGUUAGUUAGUGUCUCAAAUAAUGAUUGCUACAUCCAAUAAUAUCAAUAAGUUUAGUGAUUGGUGGAACAGUACUAUCCACAUAGAGAAGGAAUGCCAAUCUUGGAUAAAAUUAGCGUAAAGUGCUUUUGAGUAAUUCACAGAAUAGGUUAAAUAUUGGGAAUUGCUUAAUCUAACUGAUAGUUUGAGAGCCAAUGGACUUCAACUCUAAUAGUAAGAGUAUUUGUUAAUUAAAUAAGAGAAAUCAAGAAAAACCAGUAAUCAAUUAUUGCCAAAAGGGAUUAGCUGAUUGGCUUAGAAAUUAAUGUUAAAUUUAAUUGGAAUGCUCUAAAAUUUGAAGACUUUUGUAAAAUAAUUGAAGGUCCUGAAUUGAUCACCAGUAAUAAUAAUAAUAAUCAAUCGCAAUAAUCACCAUAUUUACUAGGUUCAUUCACUAUGCAAUAAUCUAUUGAAGAGACAGAUUUAUUAAAUGAUGUAAGUGCCACAUUCGCAAACGAAGCUGAACCUGUUAAUUAAAUCAAAAGAGUUUACAGGAGUGCUACUCCUACUAAUCAAUUGAACACUGAAAAUUGUGACCCUUCUCUGUCACCGAUUGUAAAUUAGUAAUUAACAAUAGUAGGAAAGUAAUAGAGCUUCAAUUUGCAGAAAGAAGUCUUAAGUUCCAAUGAAAUUGCAAUUGUAUAUGGAUGAAUUGAGGAAGGGGAAGACAGAUGUGGCAGAAUUCAACAAUCUAGAAAAAGAUAUGUUGGUGGUUUUAGGGAAUGAAAUUAAGCAUUGGAAGGUCAAAAGUGUGAAGAUCAUGAAAUCCAAAUUGUUGGAUGAUCAGCUCAUACAACUAUUUAAGGGUAUUUAUACAUUUAUUGAUUUAUUUACAAUAGCUUUGUCAUAGAAUGAUAAUAUUUAGAGUGUAAAUUUAUCGCAGAACUCAUUAACUGAUAAAAGCAUCGAUACUUUAUUUUAGUUAUAUUAAAAUGGAUUGAUUGGCAUUCAUCUGAAGAAUAUAAUUGUGUCAUAGAAUAAGAUAAAUGCCAGGAAUGUGAAAUAGAAGAUUGCUGAUUUUAAGAAGUUGGGUUUGAUUAUAACAUUAUGA